GUUCAUUUCUUUUUAUUUCUAUUAUACAAAUUAUUAUCAUUAAAAAAAAAAAAAACUAAAAAAAAAAAAAAUAUAAAUAGUUUUAUAAAAUAAUGAACAAUACAAGCCCAACUAAUUUGGGGCAAUCAUUAGAUAAUUUAAAUAUGUCUUAUGAUUCCAACCAAUAUUUAUCACCAUCUCUAAAUGGAUCAACUGAUGAAUUUUUAGAUUAUUCAGAGCACGAAAGAUCUGAAAUGUCAGUAUCAAAUAAUCUAUGGUUUAAAGAAGCUAUAUUUUACGAGGUAUAUGUCAGAGCAUUUUGUGAUAUUGAAGGUACAGGUAAUGGAGGUAUAUCUGGCAUUACAAAUAAAUUAGAUUACCUUCAUUCUCUUGGGGUAGAUUGCAUUUGGUUAUUACCAAUAUAUCCAUCCCCACUAAAAGAUGAUGGGUAUGAUGUAUCUGACUAUUGCGAUAUUCAUCCAGACUAUGGAACAUUAAAUGAUUUUAAAAUUCUAGUCAAAGCGGUUCAUGAAAGAAAUAUGAAAAUUAUUGCUGAUUUUAUACCUAAUCAUUGCUCAGAAAAACAUAGAUGGUUUCAAUCAGCAAGAUUAUCAAGAGAUUCACCAUAUAGAGACUACUUUGUAUGGACAGAUGAUCCAAAGCAAUAUAAAGAUGCAAGAAUUAUUUUUUUGGAUGUAGAGCAAUCAAAUUGGACAUGGGAUGAAGCAGCUGGUCAAUAUUAUUGGCAUAGAUUUUACAAAGAGCAACCUGAUUUAAAUUUUGAUAAUCCAAAAGUUCAAGCAGAAAUGUUAAAUAUUAUGGAUUUUUGGUUAAAUUUAGGUAUUGAUGGUUUUAGAGUUGAUGCUGUACCUUAUUUAUUCGAAAGAGAAGGAACAUCUUGUGAAAAUUUACCAGAGACUCAUGAAUUUUUAAAAAGAAUGAGAAAGUUUAUAGAUGACAAAUAUCCUGGUAGAGUAAUUUUAGCAGAGGCAUGUCAAAUGCCAAACGAAGUAAGAAAGUAUUUUGGUGAUGGUGAUGAAUUUCAUAUGGGUUUUCAUUUUCCAGUAAUGCCUAGAAUUUAUAUGGCUAUUAAGAGGGGUGAUGGUGAAUGUUUAAGGGCUAUUAUGGAAUCUACUCCAGAAAUUCCAUCUAAUUGUCAAUGGGUAACUUUCUUAAGAAACCAUGAUGAGCUAACACUAGAAAUGGUUACAAAUGAUGAAAGAAAAGAAAUGUGGGAAUAUUAUGCACCAGUUCCAAGAAUGAAAAUUAAUUUGGGUAUUCGUAGACGUUUAGCUCCAUUAAUGGGUGGUGACCAAAGAAAGAUUGAAUUGGCAUAUUCUUUAUUAUUUACCUUACCAGGAUCACCAAUCAUAUACUAUGGGGACGAAAUAUGUAUGGGUGAUAAUAUUUGGUUAGAAGAUCGUCAUGGUGUUCGUACUCCAAUGCAAUGGGAUGAUACUCCACCAAAUGGAGGUUUUUCAACUUCAAAUAAACUCUAUGCUCCAGUAAUCGAUGACCCAGAAUAUGGAUAUCAAAAGGUUAAUGUUACAGAAUCUGAAAAAGCUCCAGCAUCUCUUUUCCAAAUUAUUCGCCAGAUGAUCCAAAGAAGAAGAAAGCAUUUAGCGUUUGGACAUGGUGCAUUUAAAUGGGUAAACUCUGAAAAUCCACAAAUAGCUGCUUAUAUGAGAAUUUGUGGUAUCGAUAGAAUGUUUAUUGUUCACAAUUUAUCGGAUGUAAAACAAGAAGUUGUUCUUCAUACCCAUGUUCAUGAUGGAGCAACCUCAUCAAGACACCAAAGAAGAGCUUCUCUAGUUUACGUAGACCCAUUACAACAACAAUAUCAUCCUACCACUUCUAGUACUAAUACACUCGGUAUCAAUAAUCUUACAGACUCUAAAGUAACACCAGUUGCAACAAGAAAGGUCCACACUAAUUAUCAAACAACACAAACUUUAGGUACCCAAACAAAACCAUUAACUUCAAAAGAAGAAUAUCAAUCUCAAAAUAACUCUGAAUCAGGUAAACCACCAGUAAUACCUUUCUUAAAUGUAGAAACUGCAUCCUAUGAUGAACAAUCUCAUUAUCUUGUUGAUAUUUUAACAGAUUAUCAAGUUAUGGUUGACCAAAAUGGUUUUGUAAAAAUGGAACUAGAACCAUAUCAAUUUUAUUGGUUCUCAAUGGGUGAAAUCACAACACUAGGUGAUGGUUGUAAGAGUCGUGAUUUACGUCGUAAAUCCAUUUUCCCUGGUUCAACUUUAGAUCCUUCAAUACUCCAUCCAAUAAAAACUCAUUUUUCUGCUGAUAAAAUUGAAGAAUAAAAAUUUUAUAAAAAAUAAAUAAAAUAAAAUAAUUUUAAGAAAAUAUAAAUAUCUAAAAAAAGUUUAUUUAAAAAAUAAUUUAUAGUUAUAAUUAAUAAAAUUUUUUAAUUAAUAAUAUUAU